AUGGGCGACGCCCGGGCGGUGGGCUGGGUGGCGACGGGCCUGGUCCUCGGGGCCGGCGCCUGCUACUGCAUUUACAAGCUGACGCGGGGCCAGCGGCAAGGCGGCCGUGGGCUUCGGCUGCGCCCCUCGCGCUCCACAGAAGACUUAACCAAUGGCUCAUAUGAUGAUGUCCUAAACAUUGACCAGCUCCAGAAACUCCUCUACCUGCUUGAGUCAAUUGAUGAUGCUGUAAUUACUGAAAGACCUUUGGUCACUCUGGGUAACAAUGCAGCCUUUUCAGCUAACCAAGUCAUUAUUUGUGAAUUGUGUGGUAUUCCAAUCAUUGGAAGCAAAAUCAAUAAUCCCAACCACAGUAUUAAAGAGAAAGCUCUAAAUGCAUUGAAUAACCUGAGUGUGAAUGUUGACAAUCAAGUCAAGAUAAAGGCUUACAUCAGUCAAGUCUGCAAGGAUGUCCGCUCUGGGCCCCUAGACUCUGCUGUACAGCUGGCUGGGCUGAGAUUGUUGACCAACAUGACAGUUACCAAUGACCACCAGCACAUGCUUAGCAAGUACAUCACAGACCUGUUCCACGUGCUGCUUACAGGGAAUGGAAGUACCAAGGUUCAAGUUUUGAAACGGCUUAUGAAUUUGUCUGAAAAUCCAGCCAUGGCAGAUGGACUACUUGGUGCCCAAGUGGACUCCUCAUUCCUUUCCCUUUAUGACAGCCACGUAGCAAAGGAAAUUCUUCUUCGAGUUCUUACACUCUCUCAGAAUAUAAAUAACUGCCUCGAAAAAGAAGGCUGUUUAGCUAUUCAGCCUUCUUUCCCUAAAGGUUUCCUGUUUUUCCUGUUAUAUGGAGAAGAAUGUGCCCAGAAAAUGAGAGCUUUAGCUGAACACCAUGAUGCAGAUGUGAAGGAAAAGGUAACAGUCCUACCCAAGUUCUGA